AAGGAUUCGAGCGGACAAUCUCUGUUGUUAAAGGCGGUAAUCAAAGGUCAUCAGACCAUAGUUGGGCUGUUACUCAACAAGGGCGUGGACCCAACAAUCGCCAACAAAGAUAGACUUACACCUCUCACGUCUGGAGCGACUAAAGGUCACCUCAAUGUAGUGGAGUGCCUCCUCCAGAAAGGCGCUGACGUAAAUGCACCUAGAGGGUCAUAUGGCAACUCACUCUAA